UCUCUGUCUCUGUCUGAGCUAUAAGCCUAUAACCCAUAUUCCAGACAGAAGUUUUUCCAAAAGGAAAAUCAUGUUCAAGCUCAAACCCAGGAACUUCUCCAUUUUAAAAGAUCUAGCUAUGAAGAACUGCAACAAUAAGCAGAGUUUCUCAUCUGAGACAAGAAGAAGGUUGGAAGGCAAAGUGGCGCUGAUCACCGGAGCAGCAAGUGGAAUCGGCAAAGCAACUGCAACGGAAUUCAUUAAGAACGGAGCCAAAGUGGUGAUCGCCGACAUCCAGCAUCAACUCGGUCAAGACACAGCGGCAAAGCUCGCACCUGAUGCCACCUUCUUCCCCUGUGAUGUAACCAAAGAAUCCGAUGUCUCCGACGCCGUAGACUUCACCAUCUCCGAGCACGGCCAUCUCGAUAUCAUGUACAACAAUGCCGGAAUCUCAGGUCACACUCCUCCCAGCAUCAUCGAUCUUGAUCUCUCUGAAUUUGACAAGGUAAUGAACAUCAACGUCCGAGGUAUCAUCACAGGGAUCAAACACGCAGCUCGUGUGAUGAUACCACGCCGUUCCGGCAGUAUCCUCUGUACUGCUAGUAUCACGGCGCUCAUGGGAGGCUUAGCUCCACACGCUUACAGUAUUUCCAAGUUUGCUGUGGUGGGAAUCGUUAAAUCGGCUUCAGCGGAGCUUCGUAAGUAUGGAAUACGAGUGAAUUGCAUCUCUCCUUUUGCAAUUCCAACACCGUUUGUGAUGGAUGAGAUGGUGAAGAUCUACCCUGGCGUUGAUGCAGAGCAACUUGUUAAGAUCGUUCAUGGUGCGGGAGAUUUGGCUGGUGCUAAUUGUGAUGUUCAAGACAUAGCCAAUGCGGCGAUCUAUCUUGCUUCCGAUGAUGCCAAGUACGUGAGUGGUCACAAUCUGGUUGUGGAUGGAGGCUUCACCUCCUGUAAGACCCUAGGAUUUCCGGUACCAUCCACUGAAACAUAAAAAAAAAAA